AUGUCCAAAGAAUACGUUUACAUAGUUGCCGCUGCCCGUACUCCAAUUGGCUCUUUCCAGGGAGCCCUGUCAUCCUUGUCCUAUGUCGACUUGGGUGCCCACGCUGUCAAGGCUGCUGUUGAAAAAGUGCCUCAGAUCAAGCCAACCGAUGUGGAGGAAAUCUUCUUUGGUAACGUUCUGCAAGCAAAUGUGGGCCAGGCACCUGCCAGACAGGUUGCUUUGAAGGCCGGCCUCGGCGAGGACACUCCAGCAACUACUAUUAAUAAGGUCUGUGCCUCGGGAAUGAAGGCUAUCAUUUUCGGUGCCCAACACAUCCUGACUGGUAGCGGCGACAUUGUCGUUGCCGGCGGGGCAGAGUCGAUGUCUAACACUCCAUACUACCUCCCAGGUGCUCGUGGCGGUCUUAGGUUUGGAGAUGGCACCAUUGUGGACGGAAUUUCACGCGACGGCCUAAACGACGCGUACGAUGGAAAAGCUAUGGGUGUGGCCGCAGAAAAGUGUGCCUCGGACCACAACAUCUCCAGAGAGGAGCAAGACGAAUUUGCCAUUGCCUCGUACAAGAAGGCCCAGAAGGCUCACGCCGAGGGAAAGUUCAAGUCCGAGAUCGCACCUAUCACCAUCAAGGGCACUAGAGGCAAGCCUGACACCGUUGUUGAGAUUGACGAAGAGACUGGAAAGUUAAACGAGGCCAAAUUGAGAUCUGCGAGAACCGUCUUCAAACAGGACGGUACUGUCACUGCUCCUAAUGCAUCGCCAAUCAACGAUGGUGCAGCAGCCGUUGUCCUGAUGAGUGCCAAAAAGGUUGCAGAGCUUGGUGUCAAGCCUAUUGCCAGAAUCGUUGGAUGGGGCGAUGCUGCUCAUGCUCCAGUGGACUUCACAACCGCCCCAGCUCUGGCUGUUCCUAAGGCUGUCAAGCACGCUGGCCUGAAGAUAGACGACAUCGACUUUUUUGAGUUCAAUGAAGCUUUCUCUGUUGUUGGUCUUGCCAACACCAUGCUUCUGAACUUAGACCCGGCCAAGGUUAACGUCUACGGAGGUGCUGUUGCUAUUGGCCAUCCGCUUGGAUGUUCCGGUGCCAGAGUUGUCACCACUCUGUGCUCUGUCCUUCAGCAAGAGAACGGCAAGUACGGUGCAGCUGGUAUUUGCAACGGUGGUGGAGGAGCCAGUGCAAUUGUCAUUGAGAGGGUGUAA